CACACACACGACUGGAGGAACAGGUGAUAUAAGGUGUCUGUUUGAGGGAAGGUGACAGAUAAAUGGAGUAGUAAGGUUUUGGUUCUCCUGUAUGUAUACAUCCACACAUAUUCCUUCCGAGUCUUCCAUAGCAAGCAUUCCAUGUCUUCCUUCGCUCAUCAAUCCAUCGUGCUUUAUGAAGUCUCCUGUACAGUUUCAUUUCUCCGGCGUGUUUGGACAAGACCAGUGUUCUUGUUUCACGUGACGCGGGCAAGGCGGCAGGAAGCAGGUGGUGGUGCAGCGGUAGGUCAAAGCACCUUCGUGUUUCAUGUUUACAUCAUGAGAGCUGAGCACUUGCUCCUUGAGUUUGCUCCUUUGGAAAGAGGCGGGGCGGAGUCUUAGAAAUUCUGCAUCAUAAUUUCACCAUAUCUGUGUCUCUUUGGCUGCGGGAGGGUGUGGGAUGUCUGGCUGAGGGAAGUCCCUCCGAGGGGAGGAUCGGGGGACGACUGUGAAUGCCCUUGCAGUUCUUCCUCGUCUAGUGAGCCUCCGGUGCGCUUCUCCAACCUCGCUUGUCACACACAGCGCGCGGGAAAGAAAUCAAUAGAGGGAGGGAGGGAGAGGGAGAGGGAUAGAGAUAGAGAGUUAGAGAGAGAGAGAGCGAGAGAGCGAGUGUGGCCGGAACAUGGCGCUGCACGCUGGUGUGUGAGCGGCGCCAGUGUCCCCGCACCUCACUGGCCCCUCUCAGUUAUUCAGGAGUCACAUACAGUACUCCAAACCUCCUCCUCGUAGUGCAGUGCCUACAGUGCCUACAGUAACCGUAUCCAUGAUAGCGUGAAGCCCCAGGCCACUCCUCGACCCUGGACAUGAGAGAGCGUAAGCCACAGUGACACGCCAGAGGUCUCGAUCGCCCUCCGUCUGUACGCCUCUCAACAUGUCCACCACCAGAGUGGGGGCGUGCGGUCAGUGGUGGAGCUGAGAGAGUAAGCCCGAGGGACGGCCCGCCCGCUGCCCGGACGUGACGCCCGCACCCCGCACAUGACACACCUCACACCCGCCCACACCCAUGGACACCACCACCACCAUCACCACCACCACCACCACCACAGUCCCCGCCAGCUGCUCCAGCAGCAGCAGCACCGGCAGCCGCGGCCGCCCCGCGCCCGACACAAUCGACCCUGGCAAACGCGGUCUGUCGGACGCGGGGCGACACAGGCUGUCCAGCUUCCCGUCCCGGCAGCGGAGGAUGGGGCCCGCGCCCCUCGCCUCCUUCGAGGACCUCAGUAUGGACAAAACCACAUCAGACUCCAGCCCCGAGGAACGGACUCAGCUCCCGGAGAUAGGAGAGGAGACAUCUGGCGCCACCACGCCUGUGACGCCCGUGGUAACGUCAGCUCUCAGUGUCCCCGCAUCUCCCAAAAUCCGAGUUUCAGCUGCGUCCUCGUCUUCGCCGCACGAAACAGACUCUAAAGACUCCACCCCAGAAAAGGAGUUGUUUUCCGGCUAUGCAAAAUCUGAUUUUUGUGAGAACAUGGCCGCAGAUCUUCAUUCCAGUACUGAGGAGCUGGACGCCGACGAUGAGGACCAAAAGCGACGCCGCAGGGAGCGAGCCACCAAACUCGCCGAGUUGGAGCGUCGCGAAGAGGCCCUUCGCAUCGCCGAGUUGAACCGCAAAGGCUCUUCCUCUUCGGUCAUCAGCGAUGGUCUCCUGCCCGUCACCAGCGGCCACUCCAGCAGACUUUCGUCUCUGGGAAGCAUUGGAUCGGCGCGGCGAUCGCCUUCGCCCCACAGGAUACGACUUGAGACGUCAUUCUGUGGCAGUCGUCCCAUUCAGCAGCCUAGUAUAGACCUGGAAGAUCCGCCGGUCAGUACUACAAAAAUAAUGGACUUCACUAUCGAGUCUAUUGAAAGGGUAAAAUCUCCAAUGGAAGCGCGGCCGCCAGAUAUAUUCCGGUCCUCGCCUUCCAGCUUUCCAAAGACCAAGCAAGAGGAGGUGGUAGCGGCGGCGGCAGCAGUUGCAGUCACUACGAGAGCAGGAAUGACGUCUCAGUCAGCUCCCACCUCCAGGGACAAAACGCCUGUCAAAACGGAGGCAGCAAACAGAGCUUCGCGUUCACGAGAACAACAUAUCACUCCCACUGCCAUAAACAGAACCUCCAGAGAGCAACAAUCAACCCAGCCUGCCAGGUCUCCAAUGAGAGAUGGUCAGGAGCACGAACAGCAGCAACGUCAGCCUCUUUCGUCUCAAUCGUCGCCAAGAUCACCGAGAAUGCCGAAAAAAGUUCCUGUGCCGCAAGUUCCAGACUUGAAAGAUCUGCCAAAGUCCUCCCCAUCACCUUCCACGACCUCCGGUGCUACGCCAGAACACCACAACGCCCGCUCCUCCACCACACCAUCGGCUUCACCUAGACAAUCGCGGAGACGUAGAACAAGAGACGAGGUGGAGAGUGGGUCGUCUUCACCUUCAGUCUCACGGAAAAGUUCCUUCACAAAUCUGUUCCGAAAGUCUGACGGCACUGCUUUGAGUCCUGUUACUCCAGACUCUCCCAGCUCUAGUGGCCGCAGGAGUCCCUUUAGUCAGUUCAUUAAAUCGGCUAAAAAGGAGUUCCGUUCAAGGAGUCGAUCCCGUAGCCGCAGUAAAAGCCGGGAGAGAGAACUGGAGGAUGACACGCAUGACAGAAGGAGUGUGCUUUCUAUCUUCCGACCGAAGACAAAGAAGAAGUCAGAGUCAGAUAAGGGAAAGGUAUCUAGUGACACUCGUACCACCUCCACAGACAGCGGCAAGAUCAGCGAGGCCAUCACCAACGUGGAGUUUACGUUCAACGACGACGGCAAAUAUCAAUCCUCCUCCUAUGGGCUGAUUCGGCAAGAAAGCGAGGUGAACAGAGCCAUAAAAGAGCCCUUGGCGGCAGCGCCAACUUUGCCGUCAGAGGCAGAGGCGCCGCGUUCGUCGGAAACCAUUGCCAGCUCCCGUGACAGCUCAUACAAUGAACUCUCAUCUAUAAUGAAUGCUGGAGAUAAGCAAAGCAGCACUACAGUCGAUGGAGCGAGCAAGGAGACAGAGAAAGGAGCGGAAAUAGAAGAUGAUGAGGUAUUCGACAAGCCAAGUGAACCUCCUGUGCCCACAGUUGUGAGUCAGGAACCCUCACCAAAAGUCACUGAACCAACUGCACCACCUCCGAGCGAAAUAAUGGAAAAUAAGAUACAAGCUCCAGAACAAGAAAAACCCAACUUACCACCAAAGCAAAAAGAUCGUCCAAAUGACACAGAGGCGACAACGGAGAUGAUGACACUGGAUCCUGGUGGAGAUGCAGAUUCGCGAUCUGAGUCUGAACGUGAGUCAGAGAUCGAAUACCUAAAGAGGAAGGAGAAACUGAAGCAGGGAGCAGAGCUGCCUCUGGACUCACCGGACGUAGAGAACAAGGUACUGGUCUCACAGGACUCCCUUGAGGACGGCGAACUACCCUAUGUGCCUACCACGCUGCCUGUCGAACGCCCUCUAGCGGUGCCCAUGCUGCCCGUCAGGGAGAGAACCAUUGUCGUCAAACUUCAGUCUAUGCAGUCCAUCGAUCGUCCUCGAAGCACCACGCCUCUCAUACCGGUUCGCUUAGAGGAAUACACGCAGCAGCAGCAGCAGCAACAACAACAGCAAGUGGCUGGUACGCCUGAUUCUGAGGCAGAGAGGAUGAUGAUCAGUAUUCCACAAAAGGGCCCAGUGAAGGUGCUGCCUACACGAAGUCCAAAGCGCCAGACCUCCAAGACCUGGGAUGACUUUUGCCAAGAAGGCCUUAGAAGCCCAAGAACGCUGAGGAAACAGUUCAAAGAGAGUUCUUUGAAGUCGGAAGAUGACACGCCACCACCACUUCCACCAAAAAUUCGUUCUCCUGCUCGUUCUCCAGUGACCCAAAGAGACUCUACUGUAGGCUCCGAGGUAACCACACCCUCCUCCGUCACUUCCACCUCUGGCGAACCUAUUAAAAGCUGGAUAAACUUUGACGAAAUGCCUGACAUUGUGCUGAAGCCGGUGCGUCAUAUCAAAACAGUUCCCACUCGACACCAGGUACAGCAGCGUCAGGUGAUGGAGGCGAGACCACAGGAACAACGUGACCAACCAGCAGACAAAAGAACAGAAAACGAAGUUGUACCACGCAAACUGCCACCGCCACUCCCGAAGCCACUGAAUCUUCAGGACUUGGAUUCUGACAAUGGACAGGCUCUUUCAGAGGCAUCUACUCCGGACAAGGCUGACAGUUCUGACAGGUCUUCUGACAGCGACAAACCGACCAGUCCCUCGUCAAGUGAAGACCUUACCACUGUCAGAGAAAGGCUUGAGGAGAUCAAGAAGGAAGGCAACGAAUAUGAAAAUUCCGAUCUGGAGCGACUUUUAGCGCCAGUAAAUGACUGCAUCAACAGGCUCUCGUCACUGUCGGCGGAACCUCCAUCAAUGGAGCGCAGAUCACCCAUCCCUGACAACUGGGCAGAUUUCCUCCUGCCGCCACAGCCUGGAAGGAGGAGUCGCCUGUCGUCCUUAGGGUCUGACGCAGGCUCGGUGGGGAGAAGAUCACCAUCGCCAUCGUGUAUGUUCGUUGAGACUUCCUUCUGUGGCUCGCAUCCCAUUGACGACCCUGCCGCCGCUGAGCCUGACGUGCCCAUCGCAGUGGCGAGAAAGCUGAGCGGCAUCUCCCUGGGUGAUCUGAGUCCCUUCGGUGGGAGCGGGAGAAGAGACUCCUCCAACCUGCUCACCUGUCCAGACAGGACCUCCAUCCUCAGUGACUCGUCAGCGGAAGGAGGCGGUUCACCCCGGGAGGUGGAGUACUAUGGCGGCAGCGGCAGACUACAGCAACAACAACAGCAACAAUACCCAUCAUUGCAGCAACAGGAGACCUCUCGAGGGCAGCAGGGAGCAAGUCAGCUCAACCCCUUUGACAUGGACCUGGGCGUCAGGAGCAACAGGAGCUCUGUGGUGUCUCAGGACCAGAGGCAGUUUAGAGGGGCUCGCUAAGGUACACAGCGACCAGCCCAUAGCUCCCCCACACCAGGGUACUGUCUGCUCCUCCCUCCCUUCCUCCCUGCCUCUCUACUUUCUAUUUUAUCAUCUCCCUUACUUCAUUUCGUCCGUAACUUUCCGUGUACCUUACCCUACGGCUCGCCUGGCUUACCUAACCCUUUCUUGAACGUUUCCUUCCCUACUAUUUUUUUUCCAUUGAAUUUCUUAUUUCCAUCUAUUUACUCUUGAGGAAAUGCUUCGUAUUUCCCUUAUUUUGGUAAUACUGUCUUGCUGCAUUUUGCUACAACUAUACCCUUUGCUUCUCUUUUGUUUACUUAUUCAUCUCUCUUCCUGUUAGUUACAGUGCUUUCUUCAUUCUAUUAAAUUAUUUUGCUACCCAUUUCAAAUUUCUCCUCUUUCCCUUCCCUUUCCUUCACCUCCUCACAGUGCCCUGUCCCCCACACAUCCCCUUAGUGUUGCGCCCCAAGCACAGUUGCUCCCGCCCCAUUGGUGACCACCCCUCCCACGUUUAGAAUGACACAAAGCUUUCUAGAUUCACAUUCGGCAAACGUGUUCAGAGACCCCACCCUUAGAAUGACUGUCCCGGCCCUUCACUACUACUACUACUACUACCACCACCACCACCACCACCACCACCUGUAUAGAUACUUUAAUUAUUAUUAGUUAAACCUCCAAAGUAGCAUCACGGUAGCUACUACAAAUAGCACUACCACCAUCACUACUACUACUACUACUACUACUACUACUACUACUACUACUUCUACUUCUACUAUAGAUAACACCAGUACAUACCACUACAUUCUUAUCUAUGAGAAUAAGCACCAGACAGCUUGACAAGAGGGAAGGAAGGAGUCGUGUAUAGGUAAAGCAAGUAGUGUCAGGUAUUCAUUGACUGAGACAUGUGGUGAGGCUCUUUGACCAAUUAAUCAUUUAAUAGCGUUGUGAAAGUGUGGUGAGAAGAUUUUGAUGUUACUCGCCUGACUGAAAGUAAAAAAAAAAAAAAAAAAG